CCGCGGGCCCGCGCCUCAGGGGCGGCGACGGCGGGGAGACUGAGGCGAGGCCAUGGCGGACCGGCUUACCCAGCUGCAGGACGCCGUCAACUCGCUCGCGGACCAGUUCUGUAACGCCAUCGGGGUGCUGCAGCAGUGCGGCCCGCCGGCCUCCUUCAGCAACAUCCAGACGGCCAUAAACAAGGAUCAGCCCGUGAACCCCACGGAGGAGUAUGCCCAGCUGUUCGCAGCUCUGAUCGCUCGCACUGCCAAGGAUAUCGAUGUUCUCAUAGAUUCCCUGCCCAGUGAAGAAUCCACAGCAGCUUUGCAGGCUGCGAGCCUGCACCGGCUGGAGGAGGAGAACCACGAGGCGGCGGCGCGGCUGGAGGAGGUGGUGUACCGCGGGGAUGUGCUGCUCGAGAAGAUCCAGAGCGCCCUGGCCGACAUCGCCCAGUCGCAGCUGAAGACGCGCAGCGGCACCCACAGCCAGCCCCUGCCCGACUCGUAGCGCCAGGGGGCAGCGCGGCCCUGCCCGAGAGCCUCGGGAACGCCUCUGGGUACCCCGGCAAUGGCUGGGCUGGCCCGGCCCUCCCGCGGGGUGCCCGCGCUCGGCUCCGCGGCGGGAGCGGCGGCUUUGGGCAGCUCGGCUGCGGGUUUUGUGUGAGACACGCUUCUGCAGGGGCUCCAUUACGGAUCGGCGUGGAUUGAUGUUUCUUUGAUUUAAAACGAGUUUUCUGUUCACAAAUAUGACUUUGAUAGAAUUUGUUACCUAUUACAAGUAUUUGUAUAAGUUAAUCCCACUAUGGUCGUGGUAUGUUUUUUUUGUAAGCCUCAGACACGUAGGAGUUGGCCAGAGUUCCCUGGAGUCAGUGCUGUGAAUGCAGUGAUGGUCAUGUUUUAAUUAACAGCACUGGUAACGUUGAUUGGCUGCUUUAGCACCCUUUACAGAGCAUAGGAAAGGAUAAGUAAACUCUGAUGUUUACAGAGUGAUUGUUCGUGUCAUUGGCAUCGCAUUUACAAAGAAAUAAACCUGCAGGUGUCUGAUAUUGACAUUUCUUGUUUGUAAUGAGCCUUUGAGUCCAUUGUUGCCACUGACACUCUUGCUUGUGCUAUUUCUCUGCUUUUACUGCUUUUCUGUAUUUUCUUGGCAACUGGUGAGUGCCUCUAAAGCAGGCAGUGAUGAGGAAGCAUUGGAUGACUGGAUAAAAAUCAGCAGUGAGAAAACUGAAGAUAGCUUAUUACAUAAAGUUGCUUUUCAGUGUAAGCAGUGGCUGCUGUAUGAAUGCUGUGAUCAUAAGCAGCAAGAUUCCUGUUGUCCCCAAGGUGCUCUACAGAGGUGUAUUUAUCUUCACACACUCAGCCACACAGUGAAUUUCUGCUCUUUGUUGUAGGACCAGAGGAAUACUAGUGUCUCUUAUGAUAUUUGAAAUAAAAACCCAACACCAAA